AUGGCGAGAGAACAUGCGAAUGAAGAAGCGAUCGGAAAACGGAAGAAACGCUGCAGAGUCGAAGAAGAAGAAGUAGAAGAAUACUUCGACGACGGAAUCGGGAAGGAAGAUGUAGGAGACGAGAAGCUUCCAUUAGAGGUCGGGAUGUUCUAUUACCCAAUGACGCCGCCGUCGUUUAUCGUAUCCGAUGCUCUGGAGCCAGAUUUUCCUCUGAUCUACGUUAAUAGAGUCUUCGAGGUCUUCACUGGUUAUCGCGCCGAUGAAGUCCUUGGUCGAAACUGCCGAUUUUUACAGUACAUGGAUCCUCUAGCUCAAAGGCGUCACCCAUUAGUAGAUCCUGUGGUAGUCUCUGAGAUGAGAAGAUGUCUCGAAGAAGGUAUCGAAUUCCAAGGAGAGCUUCUCAAUUUCAGAAAAGACGGCACUCCUCUGGUUAACAGACUACGUCUAGCUCCAAUACGUGACGACGAUGGAACCAUCACUCACGUAAUUGGGAUACAAGUCUUCACUGAAACGACGAUAGACCUUGACCGAGUCUCAUACCCUGUCUUCAAGCAACAGACCGAUGAAAAAAAAUCCGAGUGCUUGGCUCCAAGUGGAAGCCCGAGGCUUAGAGAGGAUCAUCAAGACGUGUGUGGGAUAUUGCAGCUCUCUGAUGAAGUCUUGGCGCAUAACAUCUUGUUCCGGUUAACUCCAAGAGACGUCGCUUCCAUUGGCUCUGCUUGCAGGAGGAUGCGUGAGUUAACGAAAAACGAGAACGUGAGGAAGAUGGUUUGUCAGAACGCGUGGGGGAAAGAGAUAACCGGAACGUUGGAGACCAUGACUAAGAAGCUAGGAUGGGGCCGGUUAGCUAGAGAGCUCACUACGUUAGAAGCUGUGUGUUGGCGUAAGUUCACCGUUGGAGGGGUUGUGCAGCCUUCUCGCUGCAAUUUCAGUGCCUGUGCUGUUGGAAACCGGCUUGUGUUGUUUGGUGGGGAAGGUGUGAACAUGCAGCCGUUGGAUGAUACUUUUGUGCUCAAUCUUGACGCAGAGUUUCCAGAGUGGCAACGUGUGAGAGUGAAAGCUUCUCCUCCAGGACGUUGGGGACAUACACUCUCUUGCCUACACGGGUCGUGGCUGGUUGUGUUUGGAGGGUGUGGAAGAGAAGGAUUGCUUAAUGACGUGUUUGUGCUUGAUCUUGACGCUAAGAGUCCUACAUGGAAGGAAGUAGCCGGAGAUAGAGAUAGUACACCUCCAUUGCCGAGAUCUUGGCAUAGCUCUUGCACCAUUGAAGGCUCUAAGCUAGUUGUCUCAGGUGGGUGUACAGACGCUGGAGUGCUGCUCAGUGACACGUUUUUGUUGGAUUUGACUACUGAUAAACCGAAAUGGAGAGAGAUCCGAACAACAUGGGCUCCUCCGUCUAGGCUUGGUCAUUCUCUAUCGGUAUUUGGUCGGACUAAGAUCUUGAUGUUUGGUGGGCUUGCGAAUAGCGGUCAUUUGAAGCUGAGGUCAGGAGAGGCUUAUACUAUAGACUUGGAGGAUGAGAAACCGAUAUGGAGAGAGAUUGAGUGUAGCGCGUUCACAGGUGCGGUGCAACCGCCUCCAAGACUUGACCAUGUAGCUGUGAGCAUGCCGUGUGGUCGGGUUAUUAUCUUUGGAGGGUCUAUUGGAGGGCUUCACUCACCUUCGCAGCUGUUCCUUAUCGAUCCCGCGGAAGAGAAACCGUCGUGGAGGAUCUUGAAUGUUCCCGGGAAGCCGCCGAAGUUUGCUUGGGGACAUAGCACGUGCGUUGUUGGAGGGACUAGAGUGUUGGUUCUUGGUGGUCACACUGGUGAGGAAUGGGUACUUAAUGAGUUGCAUGAACUCUGCUUGGCUAGCAACCAGGAGUCGGAUCUGUAA